UAUAAAAGUUAUUUUUGUGCUGUGAUGUCAUUAUUUGACAAUAUACUUUAACGUUAUAAAUUCCUAGUCAUAUUUAAAUUGUAAAUAACCUAAUCUUAAUUAAAUAUUUUUUCGUAAUAUGGCAAAAACUAAAACAAUUAGUAAAGGUUGCCCUAAAUGUGAACAACAGCUGUAUUUAAUUACAUUAAUUGUAUUAAAUUUUUUUGAAUGAAUUUGGAAAAAUUCAACAAAGAGAGAAUAAAGUCAUAUUUUGUGAAUCAUAAAUUUUACUAUUAUUAUCAAAAUAUAUAUAUAUUAUCUUUAAAAUUAAAUAUAAUUGAUUAAUUUAUGAUUUCUUUAAAUGUCCCUGUAGCUUGCAAAGCAUGUCCAUGUGGACAUUCAUUUUUCAAUGCAAGACGAAAUUCAAUAAAAAGUCCUCCUAGUCCUGAUAAUGGGGUAAUGAAAACAAGACGAACUAAUCGAAUCAAACGUGAAAAACCAAAUUAUUAUGAUGCUUUAGAAUAUGAUAAACAGUCAAAAAAGAGUGCUAAAAUUAGAAAAGCAACAGAUGCUGCUAGUGAUAUAGAUUGCAGACAAUUAAAUAAAAAAAAGAAACGAAAGGGAAAAGGUAAAGGAAAGAGUGGAAGUAAUAAUGGAAUAGGAGAUGAUGAUGAUGAAAUGGAAGGAAUUAAUAGUUUAUCACCAGAAAAACAGCUUACAUGUUCUUUAAUAUUACAAGAAUUAAAUAACAAAAUGAGAGUUGUGGCUUGGAAACCAACAUAAUUUUUCUUCAUUGUGACAUAUUUCUUACUCUAAGAAAUACUAGUAUCCAGUUUUAGUAAAACAUAAUCAUUUUAUAUAGGUAUUGAAUUGUAUUUGAAAUACUAUCUAUUAUGCAAUCUAAAAGAUUAAGAUAGUAUUAUAUAAUGUUAUGCAAAUUGAUAGCAUUAAUUUAUAUAAAUUAUAUAUAAUUUUUAUUAACAGAAAUAUAUAUAUAUAUGUAUAUAAGAUAUACAUAAUGUAUAUAAUAUAUAUAUGAUAUAUAUUAUAGAUAGAUUUAUUAAUAAAAUUAUAUAUAAUUUGUGAUAAAAGAUAUAUAUUUUUUUUAUAGCCAUUUUGAGAUUUUUAAAGUUUUUUGAGUAUUAAUUUGAAUGUUGAAUUAUCUUCCAAAGUAGAAAAAAUAAUAUUACAUUAAUGAAAAGAAUACAAUUUUUAUUAAAGAUCACUGUGUUUAAUUACAUCUGUUUGUAUGAAAAAUAUGUAUUUCCUACUAAGAUUAUUUCUUUCAUCGCAGGAUCUGCCGCAAUUCUUCAUUCUCUACAAAUAAUCAUAAUGUAACAUGUAAAUAUAAUGUACAUAGUGUUAAUGUGAUAUAUAAGACAAAUUACAAAUAUAAAUCAAUUUUUUUUAAAGUAAUUCUUUAUAUCGUGUAUAUAUGUAUAUGUAUAAGAAUGUUUGUUCUUCGUUUUUACUUUGAAUGUAAAUGAAAAUGUCAUUUACCAAUAAAAUAAGAGAGAUGUGCAUUUAUAAAAA